AUGGCGCCUCUCAAGGUGACUGCUGCCGUCUGUGUCGUGCUGGUCCUGAUGAUCCAGCUACAGGUGCCAACGGUCGCGCAGGACAUACCAUGCGACGAGUGUGAGCCGGGAUGCGGCCAGGCUUGCAAUGCGCAGCGCCCCUACUUCUGCAACAGCUUUUGCAACAUCUUUCCCACCCUGUGCAACUACUGCUUCCUCAUCCAAUCCGACUUGUGCGUGCCCGGAUGCACAAACCUCUGCAGGAUCUACUGCGUGUGA